GGUACCAGACCAGUGGGCCGAUCGAUCGAGUUCAUGAAGGACGAAGAGGAACAUAAUAAUAUAUAUUCGAUCUUUGAGAUUGUGUGUGUUCAGAAAGAAGAAGAAGAAGAAGAAGAAGAAGAAGAAGAAGAAGAGGAGGAGAACGAAAGGAAUGUUCUUAUUCGGCCACUUCAUCCCCACUGAUGACUAUGACAACUCACGUUUCUCUGUGUCUUCUGUGCUCUUCGGAAUUUCAGGUUUUCUUAUGAACAUCGGAAUAUAAACCCAUAAAGUAGACAAACAAAAGCCAGGAGGCCCAGGAAGGAAGGAGAGAGAGAGAGAGAGAGAAAUAUAUAGUUUUCUUUUACUUUUUCUUUCUUUCUUUGUGUUUUGUGUAUUCGUAGACAUGGGAUAUGAUUUUUUUGAACCCUCGUCUCCUCUGGUGGUAUACGCUAGCUUACCCGUAGCCACAAAGGUUGACACCGAUUUCUCAGAAGAGCAAGACUACCACAAAAGCCGGUUCCUUACCCCUUCAGAGGUUGUUGAAGAGAUCAAACAGCUUUGCAGAAUUGCCUUCCCCAUGAUCAUCACAGGCCUACUCAUCUAUGGUAAAUCCGUGAUAUCGAUGCUUUUCAUGGGAAGACUAGGCAAACAAGUGUUAGCAGGUGGAUCUCUCUCGAUCGGCUUCGCUAACAUCACCGGCUACUCGGUCCUCUCUGGCCUCGCAAUGGGCUUGGAGGCCAUAUCAUCUCAAGCCUGCGGUGCCAAGCAAUGGCCUCUCAUGGGUCUAGCACUGCAACGCACCAUCGUCAUUCUCGCCAUGGCUUGUAUACCCAUCUCCUUCUUGUGGCUUAAGGUCGAAUCCAUCCUUCUCUAUUGCGGCCAAGACCCUGCUAUUGCCACCGUUGCUUCUACUUACUUGGCCUUCUCUCUUCCUGACCUCUUGUUUCAGUCUUUUAUCAACCCUCUCAGGAUUUACUUAAGGACCCAGAAAAUCACUCUCCCUCUAAUGGUCAGCGCCGGCUUCGCUCUAGCCCUGCAUGCACCCAUCAACUACUUCCUCGUCUAUCACCUCGACCUCGGCGUCCGCGGCAUUGCCUUGGCAGUGUCACUGACAGACUUCAACCUACUCCUAGCCCUGUUGCUCUACCUAUACUUCUCCGGCAUCCACCGGAAGUCAUGGCAAGGUUGGUCCCUCGAGUGUAUCCGUGAAUGGGCACCCAUUCUCAGCCUAGCCAUCCCUAGUUGUGUCUCCGUCUGCUUGGAAUGGUGGUGGUACGAGCUGAUGAUAAUAUUCUCCGGCCUGCUCUCGAACGCCACAGAAGCCGUGGCCACCAUGGGCAUUCUCAUUCAGACCACCUCGUUCGUCUACAUUUUCCCUUCAUCUCUCAGUCUUGCCGUGUCCACCAGGGUUGGAAACGAGCUGGGCGCGAACCGCCCCGACCGGGCGAGAGUAUCAACUGGAGUGGCGCUGUCUUGUGCUAUAUUCACCGGCUUUGUCGCCAUGUCCUUCACGACAAUGAUGAGUGACGCCUGGGGACGAGCGUUCACAACCGACGAAGCCAUAAUAUCACUAACUGCGAUGGUAAUGCCGGUACUAGGACUCUGCGAGCUGGGCAACUGCCCACAAACUACUGGUUGUGGAGUUCUGAGAGGGAGCGCCAGGCCGUCGUUGGCUGCCAACAUAAACCUGGGCUCCUUCUAUGGGGUGGGAAUGCCCGUGGCAAUGCUAAUGGGCUUCGUAAUGGAUAUGGGCCUGUUGGGUCUCUGGAUGGGCCUCCUUACGGCACAAGCAACUUGUGCGUUGGUUAUGGUGUUUGUGUUGAUGAGAGCAGAUUGGAUCCUACAAGCAAGAAGAGCUAGCAAGCUGAUCACCGGUAGUAACAUUGCAGACAAAGCAACGGAGACAGAUGACCAUGACCUUGAAGGGGUCUUAUCAAGCAAGAUGGGCCUGGUGAACCCGUAAGCUGAUACCAGUAGAUCCCCUUAAAUUAACGGCUACCUUUUUAAUUGUUUAGUUAAAUGGAAAGUGAAGAUCGACAUGCAUGGGAGUUUCUAGUCAAAAGUGACGCAAGAAAUUUUGUAUUGGGUGAUGAGUGGGUCUCUAAUCUGGGUUUUUGGUGUUGUACAGUUGAGCUUGAAGCUUGCCAUUUUGGGUGAGAAGCAGAAGAAUCCUUAUUCUAUACUAUAUUCUUCUAGUCUGUAUUGUUAUGGCCUUCUGGUAAGUGUAUCAUUAAGAAUUGAGAUAUUUCAUAAAUAAUAACAUGG